CGACUAUUUUGGAGGACGAGGAGGAGCACAAGCCGAUAGACCUCAGCUGGCCAGACACCACGCGCAAGCGGAUCGUCUACGUGCUGGUGGCGCCCAUCGUCUUCUCGCUGUGGAUCACACUGCCCGACUGCAAGUCGCCCAGAGGUCGGAGGUUCUUCUUUAUCGCGUUCGUGGGCAGCAUCAUCUGGAUCGCGCUGUUCUCCUAUCUGAUGGUGUGGUGGGCGUCCACCGUCUCCUCCACAAUGAUGAUACCGCCAGAGGUGGUGGGGCUGACCAUCCUGGCAGCGGGCACAUCGGUUCCGGACCUCAUCACCAGUGUCAUCGUGGCCAGGAAGGGGUUCGGCGACAUGGCCGUGUCCUCUUCAGUGGGCAGCAACAUCUUCGACGUCUGCGUCGGGCUGCCCGUGCCGUGGCUGCUGGACGCCCUGGCCAAGACCAUCGGCCAGCUGGCGCGUAACGAGCCCAUCAACCUGAUGCCGGCUGAGGUGAAGUCGGAGGGCAUGGCCUGCAACAUUCUCUGCCUCUUCCUCAUGCUCAUGUUCGUCAUCAUCAGCAUCGCCUGCUUCCGCUGGCGCAUGAACAAGGGCCUGGGCAUGGCGAUGUUUGUGCUCUACUUCAUAUUCCUGGCGGUGGCGCUGAACCUCGAGUUCAAGACCAUCAAGUGUGACUGGUUGUAGUGGGGACGCCGCCUGUGCAGGUAUCGGCGCUGGGUCCGCGGACCUCUGCCGCCGCCGGUCGGCACUGCGGGUCAGCGUCCGACCUCCUGUCCUCGGCUCUGUGUCAGCGGAGGAGGUGUUUCCGCGGCUCUGCGGUCGGGCCCGGCUCGCUCCGACCGGGCCUGUCAGGGCAGGACCGGGUAGUGUCCAUCGGCUACCUGCAGGAGGCCAGCUCUAUAAUGCUGGAGCCAAGAUCCUACGGAGCAUUGUGCUCAGGUCACGGCUGAUCACGGCUUUAUUUAUUGGAUGUCCUUGACCGGGCGCAAGCUCGUUGUGUUUGAAUUAUUGGUGAUUGUGUGCUGGUGCCGCCAGUGUCUCCAGUCCACUGGUGACAGACUGGUGCCGGUGAUCGCCAGUCUACUCUGUGCAGCCGCCCCUAGCCAGCGCUGGGACGUCAGCGGCUGCGAGCGGUGCAGACGCAGUUCCAAGAGGUCAUUUUUCCGAGCAGCUGCCGCCGGGCUCCCUCGCCUCGCCACCGACCGCUGCGCCGUCAGCCCGUCAGAUCCAUCGUAUCCCCUGAUCAUUACAUGCACAUUCUGCUGAAGGCUUAAUGUCAGAAAAAUAUUUCCACUGAUACCGCAUCUCCGCAUUAGCGUCGCCAUCCCGCCGCCGUCGCCGUUUUCUUUUUUUCUGAGGUAAAAGUAACGCUUGGUUAGCCAGCCUGCUGUAAUAUCCCGGUAGGCCCGCGGGUAAGUGAGUUACCGGCAGGUUGGCAGAGGGAUUGCCGUGCCGAGUGGCGCGGCGGCUCACUCUGCCGCCUGAGCUCACGGCCGCUGAGCCCUCGAGUGGCCCCGGAAGGUAGCCGGAGCCGGCCGGCGCCGCUGUGUUGUGCCCGUUGCCAUGACGACGGGCGCCUUCUGAGCGGCGCCGAGUGUCGAGCACCGCGGCCGCGGUCGGUGGCCGGCCCGGCGGAGCGAGUCGAUAUGGAGCCGGUCUCGGGGCGACACGGCCGGUCCGGAGCCGGAGCCGGAGCCGGAGCCGGUCGCCGCUAUCCGGAGCGGCUCGGCCGGUCCGAGAGCUGCGGAUGCUGAGGGCGAGGAUAUGUAGAGACCGGUGUCGGGACGGCGACGGACGGCGGCCGGAGGGAGAGGCAGGUUUUCAGUUAUCACUGGCCGCGACAUAAAAUAUUCCAAAUGGUCUGUCUCCUCUUCUCCGGUGUGUUUUCCGACUCUUUUUACGGUGGGUCAGUGAUUAUCGUCGACUCGUUUGCUGGCACCUGCACAGUCCAGCUGAUGGUUAAGAUAGGACGGCGCCGUGCGGUAGGGUAGGGAGCCCGGUGCUGUCAGUCAUCCGCUGCUAAUCCGCACCUGUCCGGGCCCGAGAUGACCGGCCACGAGUAACGGUACCUCUGACAGACAAUGACAAACACCAGUGGGACGCCGGCCGCGGGUCGCUCAGGUGGAGCUGUGCCGUCCAAAAUACCUCUGACCGGCGACGGGUGGCGGCGUCUGGUCCUCGGCCACCGCCGCUGAUCCCGGCGGAUUGGGGUCGGCCGAUACGACCGUUCGUUUUCCGGUGGUUGGCCACAAUCUGGGAUUCUCAGAAAACAUGCCGGGAAGAUUCAGUUGUUUGCGGCGUCGGUGCAUUUAUCACCGCAGAGUGUUUGGUGGAUUUGCGUCGGUUGUCUGACUCAGUAACCAAUUGUGCCAUGUGUCUAAUGUCUAAGCAUACUUGAGGAGCAUCGGUGUGCUUGUAAUGACUUUUGAUGACGACAUUUCUGAGCGAUAUGAACGCAGCUUUAGACGGACAGUAUAGACAGGCGUAUACAGGGUGAAACAGUGAGAGCUUGUCUGUGCGUAAGUGAAUGGGAAGACGGCUGAGCACGUUUGUGGCCACCAGCGAGGCAGCGCCCUCGGCUGAGGUGGCCGGCAGCGCCGCUGGCCUGUCUGUGGGACGUUGCACUGUGAUGAUACCUAUAGCUGUAGUGAGGACGGGUCAGGAGUCUGUGACCGUCCCGGACCCGUCGCGCGUGAUAUACAUAUACCUACCUACCGACUGAGGAGCUGUAACUGUGUGUGUCGGUGGAUCGCCCGCCAAUGGCUGUACCGUCUAACUCUCGGAUAGCUGAUACCGGAUCCGACGGCUCCAAAGGGCGGCGAUUGGUGUGGUCUGGUGCGGGCUAGUGUGGGCUGGUGAUUGCUGGUGCGGGCUGGUGCGCGGCACACGAGUGGACGCUUACUGGUGAUGAUCUGUGCCCAGUGGUGACCAGUUUCUGCGUCAGGAUAAGGUUACUGGUACACGAGUCUACUGGUUUACGGUCACCGGUCUAUUGACGGCACUCUUUGGGUACAUGGACUCUGGUUACUACUCUCUGGUCGCCGAUCUAUGGUCCGCAGUCCGCACUGGUCGGUCACUGAGCUCUGUAUGUGGGGCUCUCGACGGGCUCGGUCCGAGAGUCUGUCAGCUGUGUAUUGGCGCUGACUCGUCUGGUCUGCUCUGUCUGCUAUUCCACCCUCCACACCGGUCUCGGACGCGCCGCUCGGUGAGACAAUCCGCCACGCUCGCUGCUCACCAGGGCACUGCGCUGUCAUACCGACGGGUAUCUUCGGCCACACUCGGCGCGCUGCGCGCUGUCACAGCCACCGCAGCUGCUACUGCUCGCGGUGGACACCGGUGCAAGCACCCACACACGGUGGGUGUUUGGACGGAGCAGCGCCUCUCGGGGUAUGUUGGCCUGCUGACAGCCGGGCUCGGGCUGUUUCAGUUAUCGAGCGUCACCCAUUCCUCUGCAGUUCCUUUGGAGCUCGGGCCGGUAGAGCUGUCCGUCUCCUCUGUCGGCUCUGGCUGACCAUUCUGUUGGCUGGAGCAGCGCUGCAGGCUCCGGACAGGGCCGUUCCACCAGCGAUUCCGUCCCAGGUCUCCCGGCCGGCCGCCGCCUCUCGCCCGGGCCGUCCCUCGCCGUGCAGACGCACACAGCAAGGUGACCCGACGAGCUGUCGGUCCUACAGCUUCAGCACUCCCCGCUCACACUUGGGCGCGCCGGCGAGGUCAGGUCAGGUCAGCGGGUACGGACGCGACGGUGAGACACCAGCUCCACCACCGGGCGACAUCUGUUCAUGUUGUCUGCCGAUAUUGGAAACGCGCGGUCGCAGUUCUUCACUGAAAAUCGACAACAACGCGACCGCGGCGCUGUACGUAUCUGAGAGAGCUUUCCUUCGAACUAGCGUUCACUAGGUAGACUCGAGUUGGUCCGUCGGUCAGUCAGUCGGUCAGUCACACUAGAGCUAGGCUUUCUCUCAGUGUUGUCGUGCGUUACUCACGUUUGCAGCGCGUGCCGAUUCGUGCGGGCACGUGCCGCCGCGUGCUGGCACGUGGAGCGGCUUCGUCGGUCGUCUGUGCCGCCCACCUCUGUCGGUGGCGUCUGUCGUCCACGACCUAAUCUGUCACCUGGAUCUAAAUUUGUACUUAUAAUGGUACGGUGGUCAUUUGUGUUUUUGCGAUGGUAGACUCGAUUCUUUGUACUGAUCAUCGUUUUAUUUUAUUUAUUCAAACGUUGUCAUUAAUCGUGCUGCGUUUAGCUACUGCUACAGUUAUCGUUUUUUUUUUGCGUUAUUUCAUUGGCUAUUUUGACAUUCAUCAAUUUAACUUUGCUUGUUUUAAAGUAUAUUAUUUUUAGCAGCAAGAACCCGGUUGUCAAGUUACUUCUUGAUUCCGUACCUCACAUUAUUUCGACAUCAAGUGCGGCACUCUCUGCUCGCAUUUUAUAUUCUCUAAAACCUUGUGAUGCUACGCACAACAGUAGACAAAUUGAUGUCAAUUUCUACUUAUUACAUAUAAAUGUUGAUGAUGCUCAUGUUGAAAUACUCAAGUCUCUAGAAGAUAGCAUUAUCUAAUAUAUAAGUAGCUAUGACAUAUUUAAAUGACACAGAGCCUUCGUUUCGAGAGUAGCUAUUUUCCAGUGGAUCGGAUGUCGUCCUUUUGCUCGAGCUCACACUCACUGCGCGCGCGGCUUAGACACAGCACUGCGCUUGGACGCCGUGAAACGUAUGUACCUACCUAUAUAUUCCCCGUUUGUCCAGCCCAAGUGUUGGCUAUAUGGUCGUGCGUGUGCUGAAGGGCGACUGCUGGUGCGUAACUGCGGGUGUGAUAGAACGUGCGAGUAAAUACAGAUUAUAUUUUGUAGUGAGAUGAUAGCCAAUGCGUUUGUUGUUCGAUAAUAAUAUAUUUGCUGUUACUUUGCUGUUGACAUCUAAAUAAAAUUGUGUUUCUCAA